GCGGGAGGGACCCCGCCGUGCGGUGGCGUCGAGGAGGUUAUAUACAGCGCCGUCCGCGGCGCGUCCGGGCUGGACGCUCUUCCAGACGCCGCGCCUGCCUGGAACACGCGCUGCCCGGGAACCAUCAGCUCUGCCAGUGUAGCGUUGAGCCGACGGGGCGAUGAAGACGUGCCUGAUGCUGGUGUCGGCGACGCUGCUGCUCCUGGCGGCGGGGCCGCGCGACGCCCGCUCCGAACAGAUGUCGCCGUGCCUGUGCACGCGCGAGAUGGAGCCGGUGUGCGGCACCGACGGCCGCUCCUACAACAACGAGUGCCGCCUCGAGUGCGUCGCCGCGCAGACCGGCCGGGACAUUCGGGAGACCGCGGCGAUGAGGACCGGCUUGCUGUGGCUGUGCUGCGUGGCGGCGGCGCUGUGUCCCGCGGCGCGCGCGCGCAGACUGCCCUGCAUCUGCCCGCGCGUGUACUGGCCCGUGUGCGGCUCCGACCUGCGCACCUACAGCAACGAGUGCGUGCUGCGCUGCGCCGUGAAGCGCGGCGAGGCCCGGGCAGAUGUCAAAGUUUUGAUGUAUGGAGAAUGUGAGGUCAAGAAACCCAUUGCACAUAAACCACACGCAGAAGAUUUCCUUGUUGUAAAUGUUUAGAUAUUAUUUUGAACUAUCCUGGAGGAACGAAGGAUAAUUUUAACUUGAACGUCGCGAUGCAUUGCUUGUGCCUGACAAGCAUUGUGCAGAGUGCAGGGUGUAGAUGCUGAAAGUAUCCUGAGACAAAUAACGUGUGACAGGUCUCAGUUCUCUUUAAGUAUUAGGCCUAGUGAAAUAAAAAUGAACUAUAUCCUUCA